AUGAAGCUUCAGUUGUUAUGGCUUGCUUUGGUAUUCAUUGCCGCUGAAACUAAUGCAGCAAAGCAUGGAAAGAAUGCAACAAUCCCUGCACUAAUAGUUUUUGGAGAUUCGAUUAUGGAUACUGGUAAUAACAAUAGACUCCCAACUCUUUUGAAGUGCAAUUUUCCUCCCUAUGGCAAGGACUUUCCCGGCGGCUUGGCCACCGGAAGAUUUUCUGAUGGAAGAGUUCCCUCUGAUCUCAUUGCUGAAAAGUUGGGAUUGACCAAGUCACUACCAGCAUUUAUGAACCCAAAUUUGAAACCCCGAGAUCUUCUUAAGGGUGUAACAUUUGCAUCUGGAGGAACUGGUUAUGAUCCAUUAACAGCUAAGAUUAUGUCCGUGAUAUCAGUCUGGGAUCAACUAACAUACUUCAAGCAAUAUAUAUCCACGAUCAAACAACAUUUUGGAGAGAAAAGAGCUCGAUAUAUUUUGGACCAUAGUUUCUUUGUUGUGUGUUCUAGUAGCAACGACCUUGCUCACACUUUCAUGGCUCAAUCUCAUAAAUAUGACCCUACCUCAUAUGCUAACUUUUUGGCUGACUCAGCCGUCAAAUUCGUAAGAGAAUUACAUAAGCUUGGAGCUAAAAAGAUUGGAGUGUUUAGCGCAGUGCCGGUUGGAUGUGUACCACUUCAAAGAACAGUGUUUGGAGGUUUGUUUACAAGAGGAUGUGUUGAAUCUUUAAACAACAUGGCUAAACAAUUCAAUGCAAGGCUUUCACCAGCACUAGAAUCUUUAGAUAAAGAGUUAGAUGGUGUUAUCCUAAUUGAUGUUUAUGAUACUCUUUUCAACAUGAUCCAACAUCCUUCUAAAUACGGUUUUGAGGUAGCUGAUAGAGGAUGUUGCGGUAGAGGCUCUCUUGCAAUAUCUUACAUGUGUAACUCACUGAAUCCAUUCACAUGUUCUAAUUCCUCGGCCUAUAUAUUUUGGGAUAGCUACCACCCAACUGAAAGAGCUUAUCAAGUCAUUGUUGACAACUUGCUUGACAAAUAUUUAAGCAAACUCCAUUGA